UAGCGUCUGCCGAAACUCUGUUCGACAGGUAUCACUUCGCUUGCUGUUGCUAAGUCGUCUUUGAAUCAUUCGAGUCAUGUCAACUAUGAACUACCAGUACUAUCUGUCACCCGAGUCAGCGGUUUCUUUCGGAGCAUCUACACGGUCACCCCAACACGGCUAGGCAGCGAUGUUCUCCACAGGCAUCAUGAGUUGUACUUAAAAGCUUGACGCUCAACUGAAGGUCCCUCUCCUUCCAACACUGCCCGAUUUAACGAAUACUCAUUAUGUCUGAUGAUGAGGGUGGCGCAUCCUCCGCGCCUGCUUCCCCCCUGCUUUCUUGAUUGGUCCUCACACUAUCGCGAAUCCGCUCGUCGGUAUCGAAUACGUGAAGGCGCACUUGAACUUACUCGGCGCGUUUGCAACCCUCAGCAAGCGCGUGGAGACGUGUCCCGAGGAGGACCUGCCGGAGCUCGCGCGCGGUCUCGAUACGAUUCCCGAGGCCCGCGCAGAUGGGCGUGGUUCGUCUACAUGGCUGUGGAGAGGUUCAGGCGCUGGGUGAAGUGCGUGACAGCCAACAAGGAUGUCGACGCCUGGGUAGAAACGGAAAUACCCCCACUUGAUGUACUCAUGGUGUGGCAUGCUUACAUGCUGAACCCUACAUGGUAUGCGGAGGACUGUCUACGUGUACCCGCGUUGUACAGUCUCCAUGCUCUGAAUGAUAGGUUACUACGCGCAGUGAUCGCUAUGGGCGACCCGGCACAAUACCAGCCAUCAGAGAAGCGCAGAGACGCAUGGCUUUCCGAGACGGGCACUCCAUUCGAUCCCAUGGAGUCCCUGAAGCACCUCACAGAGCACGAUGUAACUUGUCCGAAGUGCGGUACUGCCAACGCUGCGCCGUAUUUGACCACCGAGGGCGCCGGCUACGCACAGCAAGGGUUCAAGCUGGCAUGCAACGACUGUCGACUCACAAUCGACAAGCCCGCUCUUGCGCUGGACAAUUUUGUCGGGGACUUGAUCAAGAAUCACAAUGACCCUGAAGCGAAGCUGGAUACUUAUCUCUCUGGUACAUUGCGCAGUCCGACAGAUGUCAUCAUGACCAAACGCACGAAAGUGAUCAAAGAGCGCAUAGUCCAGUAUGACAAACUGCGUCGGCCGAAUGGAUACACGCCGGAUCAGUGGAGGUUCAAGAUCAAAGAGGACUUCGGCUACUCGAUCAAUAACCUCCGCGACGCGGCUCGAGGCGCGGCGGCCAGCAUGGGCGUUAUGAAGCGCAUGCUGGACAGAAUCCUGAGUGCGUAUAUCGAUGACAGUCAAUUCUCCAUAGAUCUUGUUGGCGCUGUCGUUCGGCAAGGAUCCUUCACGAACAAGAUGCAUGCAUUUGGCUGGACAGCACCGGGGUACUUCGAAACACUGGUCGAUGAGGUCGUUCUGGUGCACGCGAUCACCCGAUAUCACGCCUUCCUUGACAUGAUGACACAGUCACCAACUUCACUCUUUGUCCCGACCCUCGAUAUCGACCUCGUAUGGCACACUCACCAGUUGAUGGCGAGCAAAUACUCAAAUGACUGCAAGCAGUUCGUAGGCUGGCACAUAGACCACGAUGACAAAGUGGAGGAGAACCGGCUGGCGAAUGCGUUCGACAUUACCUGUCAGGCCUGGCAAAAACAUUUCAAGGUCCCGUAUACCUACUGUGGCUGCCCUCUUCCCGGCGACUCCAUCGGCGACAAGCUCCAACGCCUCACGCGCAAGUUCGUGUCCAGUCAACACUCGGAGCAGCCGUUGAACUUGGACCCCCCGGCACACCCUGACAUCCCGCCUGCAACGCACGCAAGCGAGCACAAUGCCGUUCAGGUCUAUCUGAACGCCGCGCUCGACAGUGGCCGGGCAGCGGAAUUGCAUCGCCAAAGAGUAUUACGCCAGCAGAAGAUGAACUACCGACGUGAGCGCGACGCCCGACGCGCGCAGAAAGGCGACAUCGACCCGGAACUGUUGAAGCGUGGCCAAAACCACUACGCCGCAUUCCUAACACCUGUGCCGUUCAUACAGCCUAUCUCGGCGUGCGUCCCGGUUGGCGGCCAGCCCCAAUGCUCCGCGGGUGCAGGGACCUGUGCCGCUGGGGUGUGCUCUUCUGCGGGGUGGUACAACGGAUCUGUAUGUGCAAAUGCAGACGGCGGCAGCGCCAGCCCCUCGGUAUUCGGCGGUGGUGCCCGCGGAAACUUCUCCCUGUGCAGCGCGGGUGGUGAACCGAUCUCGUCAGAAAGGGCACAAUCACUUGGAGACGCUGUCAAUGGUAUUUUCUCACUCUCACUCAGCAGUAAUUGUGGCGGGGGUGGGGGCGGCUCUACGUGCGGAGGUGGUGGCGGUAGUUCAAGUUGCGGCGGUGGGGGUGGAGGAUCAAGCUCAGGCUGUGGUGGAGGUGGAAGCUAAUUUGCCUUGUCGAUGAUUUGUUUCGGGAUAUAGGAGGCUUUAUGGUUGUUCAAGUUACAUACAAAGACGGCGUGAAAUCAAUUGUAGUUUGAGUCAACGUAUGAAUCGGUAUGACUGUAGGUCACGGUCACGUGUAUUAGUGGUAUCGCGCGCCAAUGAAUUUAUGAGUCGC